AAAAUAUCCAAAAUUAUUUAAACAAAUAUAUUGGACAGUUGUGGGCCAAUAUGUGGUACAUUAUCACAUCAAUCAAAACAGUGCCACAAUUUAUUUGUGUCACACUUGUGUUGUUGUAUGCAUUUACAUCAAUUGGGACAGUCGUGUCGCAAAUAACGAUAACAACAACAACGACAAAUGAGAGUCUCUGGAAWCCCGUAUGCGAUGGAAAUGCUAUGUCUUUGAAAUCUAAAUUAAAGAAUUGUUCAGUUGAUCGAUGGACAGGUAGUUCAGGUGACGUUAGUGUGGAUAACUGUUGUUUGAAACUUGAAAACUUGUGUAUUGACAACAAAGUGACUUUAGCCAUGUGUGAGGACAUUCCUACAGAUUAUGCCCCAAUAAUUAAGGAAAAGAUUCAUAAUAUGCUUAUAACUGAAUGUGUUGUUCACAACAUAUUAAUUAAAAUUUGUCGCGAAUUGAAAACUAAAACUAUGAAGGAUGCCGUCUGUGAUCAAUGGUUGCCAUGUCAACCGGAUGACAUCCCUGUCAAAGGAGUUACCCCUAAGAUUAUACCAACUCAUACAACACCCAAUCUUCCCGCCGAUGGUCAGAUGGAUACCGAAAGCAAUGUCGAUAAUACUGCUAACACUACUACAGUCAACAAGAGACCAUCAAACAACUCGACUCCAAUAUCUACAGGCAAUCAUAUCACUGUUACAUCAAUGACAGUACAUCCAGAAAACUCAACACUAAAUGGUAUUUCAUCUGUCAUUAACCAAAGCUUAGGCAUCAAAUUGAUUGAACUAUUGAUGUUUGCAUUUUCUUAUUAUGAUAACUCUCAUGUAUAA